AUGUACAACAAGCUCUCUUUCCAAUAUAACCACCUUGAUGUGGUGAACAAUAAACCUCUCUUCUACUAUUUAGUCAAUUUCUGUUAUAAUACAAUUAUUUUUGUACACUCGGAACUUUGUACAAACUUUCACUUUGUCAAAAUGGCAGCCAUCUUCACAGCAGAUGGCAGUGAAAUUUCAGCUUCGACCUUGAUGGAUAUUUUGCUAAUGAAUGAUUUUAAGCUUGUCAUUAAUAAAAUAACGUAUGAUGUACAGUGCCCCAAGAAAGAGAAACUGAGUAUCAAACCUCGCUCAGAAGCCAAAACCAGUGGACUUUUAUGGACCGGGUUAGCCUUGCUGUCUGUUCAGGGCGGGGCGUUGGCCUGGCUCACUUGGUGGGUGUACUCCUGGGAUAUCAUGGAACCGGUGACAUACUUCAUCACAUUUGCAAAUUCCAUGGUCUUUUUUGCAUACUUUAUCGUCACUCGCCAGGAUUAUACUUACUCAGCUGUUAAAAAGAGGCAGUUUCUGCACUUCUUCCAUAAGAAAUCAAAGAAAGAACAUUUUGAUGUGGUGCAGUACAACAAGUUCAAAGAAGAUCUUGCUAAGGCUACGGAAUCCCUGAAACAGGUGCGCCACUCCCUCUGUUUGCGAAUGCAAGGAGAGGAAGUCAAUGAAAAGAAUUAAUCUUAGAUUUUUAAAUGUCAUUGAAUUUUU